AUGACCUCCAGGGGGGCCCUCAAUACCCUUUCUGGGGGCUCUGCUCAAAACCCUGCAAUUAAUGAAUUGGUCACUGUCCAGGAUCUUGCCAGCAUGCAAGAGGGGAGCAGCAGCAGCAGCAGCAGCAGCAGCAGCAUCUCCUUCCCUCCUCCCCCCUCCUCCGCAGGAGGCUCUCUCCCCCCUUGCUGCCCCUCCCCGCACGACUCUGCUGCCAGCUCCACCGCCACAAUCCCCAGCAGCAGCAGCAGCAGCAGCAGCAGCAGCAGCGGCAGCAGCAGCAGCAGCAGCAGCAGCAGCAGCAGCGCGGCUGGGCGGUGUGCGCCGCAGGACCUGUCGGAGCUGGACCGCUUGCUGAAGGAGCUGGGGAUGACGUUUUACCUGGAGCAGUCGCGGGACAUGACCAUGCUGAUGCCAGUAAAUGCUGCUUUUGCUGCUGCUGCUGCAGCAGGACUGGACCUGCACAGACUCUCCUGGCAGGCCAAGUGGCGCAUUCUCCAAUUCCACAUCAUUCCCAACCAAGUGGUGGACCUCGACGACGCGCUGCGGGACCAGCAGCAGCAGCAGUUCGACACUUGGGAGGGCUCCCCGCUGCUGAUCGGCAGGCGCAGCAGCAGCAGCAGCAGCAGCAGCAGCAGCAGCAGCAGCGGCGGCGGCGGCGGCGGCGCGGCGGAGGGGGAGGCCCCCGAGUACGUCGUCAACGGCGAAGCCAAGGUCAUUUCAAAACCCCCCAAAAUCGAAACUUUCAAUGGGGCUUCUUAUAAAAUCAACAAACUGCUGGGCUUCCAGCAAGAGCCCGAAGACCUCAGCAGCACCCAGGCCCGCAUCAAAGUCUUGGGCCACACCGAAGGCGCCACAGUACCCCCAGAGGGCCCCCAGCCGGCCCUCACCCGCAUCAGCCCAGGCGGGGCACUUUAG